AUGAAUUGAGACCACAUGGUUCUAGGAUCUUUGGUGACUGACGAGAAGGCCAUCAUCUUGGUUAUCAUUUUACUCCUUUUGUGCCUGGUAGCAAUAGCAGGCAAUGGCUUCAUCACUGCUGCUCUGGGUGUGGAAUGGGUGCUACGGAGAACGUUGUUGCCUUGUGAUAAGUUACUGGUUAGCCUAGGGGCCUCUCGCUUUUGUCUGCAGUGGGUGGUAAUGGCCAAGACCAUUUAUGUUUUGCUGUAUCCCACAGCCUUCCCAUACAACCCUGUACUGCAGUUUCUAGCUUUCCAGUGGGACUUCCUGAAUGCUGCCACCUUGUGAUUCUCUAGCUGGCUCAGUGUCUUCUAUUGUGUGAAAAUUGCCACCUUCACCCACCCUGUCUUCCUCUGGCUAAGGCACAAGUUGUUUGAAUGGGUACCAUGGAUGCUUUUUGGCUCUGUAGGGCUCUCCAGCUUCACCACCAUUCUAUUUUUCAUAGGCAACCACAGAAUAUAUCAGAAUUAUUUAAGGAACCAUCUACAACCUUGGAAUGUCACUGGCAAUAGCAUAUGGAGCUACUGUGAGAAAUUCUACCUUUUCCCUCUAAAAAUGAUUACUUGGACAAUGUCCACUGCUGUCUUUUUCAUUUGCAUGAUUUUGCUCAUCACGUCUCUGGGAAGACACAUGGAGAAGGCUCUCCUUACAACCUCAGGAUUCCGAGAACCCAGUGUGCAGGCACAUGUAAAGGCUCUGCUGGCUCUCCUCUCUUUUGCCAUGCUCUUCAUCUCAUAUUUCCUGUCACUGGUGUUCAGUGCCGCAGGUAUUUUUUCACCUCUGGAAUUCUGGGUAGGGGAGUCAGUGAUUUAUCUAUGUGCAGCAGUUCACCCCAUCAUUCUGCUCUUCAGCAACCGCAGGCUGAGAGCUGUGCUGGAGAGGUGCCGUUCCUCAAGGUGCGGGACACCUUGA